UGAUUUCAGGUCUCCACAGUCGGGCAGAGGGACCACAGAGUUUGCUGAAUUUCAUCACACAGUACUCGGAGUUCACUUCCAAACCUGGAUUUUAUUCAUUCACCUGCUAAAAUGUUUCAAAGGUGGUCUCUUGUCCUGCAUCUCAUCCUGCUGUGCUGGUUGACCGCUGCCCUGCAGGUUAUAGAAGAGCGAGGCUCGGGGGGGCAUCUGGACCUGACUGAGUUAAUUGGCGUGCCUCUCCCUCCCUCGGUCUCUUUCACUCCUGGAUAUGAAGGGUUCCCAGCGUACAUCUUUGGGCCUGAAGCCAACAUUGGCCGGCUCACCAAGACCUUCGUGCCGGGGCCAUUCUACAAGGAUUUUGCCAUCAUCGUCACGGUGCGACCGUCCAGUCAGAGGGGGGGCAUGUUCUUCGCCAUCACAGACGCCGGUCAGCAGGUGGUGGAGCUGGGUUUGGCCCUCACUCCGGUGCGUGGGGGCCUCCAGAGCAUCUUAUUGUACUACACUGACAGAGGGCAGGUGUCCCACAGCCACAAAGCUGCUGCCUUCAGUGUCCCCGACAUGACUGACCAGUGGACACGGUUCACGGUGGUGGUGGAGCAUGAUGAGGUGCGUCUCUACAUGGACUGUGGAGAGGCAGAGAGGGCAACUUUCCAUCGCAGCCCAGAGAGACUCACAUUUUCUCACAACUCAGGCAUCUUUGUCGCCAACGCAGGAAACACGGGGCUUGACAAGUUUGUGGGCUCCAUUCAGCAGCUAGUGAUAAAAGAUGAUCCGAGGGUGGCUGAGGAGCAGUGUGAAGAUGAUGAUCCUUAUGCCUCGGGAUUCGCCAGCGGAGAUGAUGCUCUGGAUGACAGGGAGACAGAGGAGGAAAUGUCCAAGAGCAAACACGGCACAGCACAGGGGGAGGACAGUUUUCCAGUCAGGGCUCCUCCCACUGAGGCUCCGGCGGAGGAGCUCGAAGAGUUUUCUGGUCACAUGACACCAACAGAGAGCAAUGAAGAAAUGAUAGGAGGGCCACACCGGACAGAGGAGGCAGGAGAGAGAUCAGGAGACGGUCAUGUCAGGCCUGAGAUAAAAGGAGAGCGUGGAGAUCCCGGACCACCUGGUCCCCCAGGACCGACCCCUCGGCCUGGGCAAACUCAUCCUGGAUCAAGGGGGACCAAAGGGCCAGCCGGGACCCCCGGAUCCACUGGACUGCCAGGGAGAGAUGGACAGAAGGGAAACAAGGGGGAUACAGGAGACCCAGGUCAGAGAGGACCUCAGGGAUUUCCAGGUUUGGAUGGAGAAGCUGGACCAAGAGGAGACAAGGGAGACUCGGGAAUCGGUUCACCAGGCCCUCCAGGCCUCCCUGGGCCACCUGGACCCCCAAGAUCACGCAGUGUACCAUAUGGAGCAGAUGCUCUGGGUUCUGGCUUUGAAGACUUGGACAGUGACACUGAACUCAUCAGGGGUCCUCCUGGUCCACCAGGGCCUCCAGGGCCUCCUGGUGCCUAUGGAUCUGACAUGUCAGCUGACACAGCUGAAGGACUCCCCUCUGGUCACGACGGCCCCUCUGGUGUCCCCGGAAGAGACGGGGCCCCAGGCAAACCUGGAAUACCAGGUCCAGCAGGAAAGGAUGGGACUCCAGGUCUACAAGGAGCAGGGGGAGAGAAGGGGGACCAAGGGUUAACUGGACUACCUGGGCCAAAGGGUGAAUGUGGCUCUCUGGGAACACCAGGGCUCCCGGGGGCCGAAGGGCCCAGGGGCCCGCAGGGGGAGAGAGGCCUAAUAGGUCCCCCAGGACUGCCUGGACCCCCGGGACCUCAGGCAACCAAAUUCUUUGUAGAGGAUAUGGAGGGAUCAGGGAAGAGUGACAUGCUCCUUGGAGCUGGAGUGAAAGGCCCACAGGGUCCUCCUGGCCUACCUGGCCCACAAGGACCUAAGGGUGAGGACGGAGCCCCUGGAUCUCCAGGGCUCUCUGUGAAGGGAGAACCGGGAGACCCCGGAGCAGAGGGUCUCCAGGGUCCUGCUGGACUACCAGGAGUUCGGGGGGUGAAAGGAGAAAAGGGAAAUCAUGGACCAAAGGGCGAUCGAGGCGCUGAUGGACUCAGUAUCCCAGGAUCACCUGGGCCUCCGGGACUGCCUGGACCUAGUUUUAAUUUGCAGGAUUUGCUCCUCAACGUUACGGAUGGAAUUUUCAACUUCACAGAGAUCAGAGGACCACCGGGGCCCAUGGGCUCUGAAGGCUUGCCAGGCAGAGCUGGAUUUCCUGGCCCCAGAGGACCAAAGGGAGACAUAGGUCCGGAGGGUAUCCAGGGGCCUUCAGGACUCAAGGGAGAAAAAGGAGAGGCAGGAGUCACCAUUGCUGCUGAUGGAUCUCUCUUAUCUGCACCGAGAGGCCCCCAAGGGCCCAAAGGCAUUAAGGGUGACCGUGGGUACCAAGGACCAUCUGGAGUUAUGGGCCCAAUAGGACCGCCAGGACUAAAGGGAGAAUAUGGCUUCCCUGGUCGGGCGGGGCGACCUGGUUUGCCUGGAAGGAAAGGAGACAGAGGAGAAGCUGAUGGCCUGCAGGGACCACCAGGUCCUCCCGGCCCACCUGGAAUUCCAGGAAGAAUUCUUGGUCUCAAGGGAGAGUCAGUGACAAGGGGAGAUUCAGCUGGAGCUAAAGGUGACAAAGGAGAUGAGGGGAUGCCUGGAGAGCCAGGUACAUCUGAAUCUGGAUUUCUGGAUGGAAUUGUGGGUGCGAGAGGAAAUCAGGGGAACAAAGGUGAAAAGGGAGAAAAGGGUGACACCGCUGGGCCUGGUCCUCCGGGAAUGCCUGGCAGGUCAGGACUUGUGGGUCCAAAAGGUGAGUCCAUCGUGGGUCCUCAGGGUCCCGUAGGUCCUCCUGGCGUGCCUGGAGCCCCUGGGUUCGGGCGACCCGGCCCCCAAGGCCCCGCUGGCCCCGCUGGCCCUCCGGGACCUGCACCUCCAUAUGGAUCUGCUGACAGCGUACCUGGCCCUCCUGGUCCUCCCGGUCCACCAGGAUCUUCAGGAUCCGGCAACCUGGUGACCGUCUAUAAAUCAACUCACGCUCUGAUCAGAGAGAGUCAACGGGCUCCAGAAGGAACCCUGGCCUAUGUUUCUGAGAGAGGAGGAGAGCUGUACAUCAAGCGGCGGAGCAGCUGGCGCAAGAUCCAGCUCGGAGAGUUGCUCCAUCACGGACCUUCCUCCUCAGCAGAUUCUCAGACGCUCAGCGUAUCUGGAGAAUAUAGCAGACCACAACGGAGCCACAGCCAGGAGCUGCAGGAGGGCGGUAGAGGAUAUCAGCCAAGCUUUAACGUACUACCCCAGACCUUUAAUUCUGUUCCUGGGCUCCAUCUGGUAGCACUGAACUCGCCUCUGAAAGGGGAUAUGCGUGGCAUCCGGGGGGCCGACUUCCAGUGCUACCAGCAGGCGCGCUCCGUGGGACUGACGGCCACGUACAGGGCCUUCCUGUCCUCACACCUCCAGGACCUGUCCACCAUCGUGAGGAAGGCGGACCGCAAUGACAUGCCAGUGGUUAAUCUCAGGGGUGAAGUGUUGUUCAGUAGUUGGAUGUCCAUCUUCUCUGGGAAUGGAGGAACAUUUAAUCCAUCCACUCCCAUUUACUCCUUUGACGGACGCAACGUUAUGACUGAUUCAGCAUGGCCAGAGAAGCUGGUGUGGCACGGCUCCAGCACCGUGGGCAUCCGCCUGACCCACAACUACUGCGAGGCGUGGAGAACAGGCGACAUGGCGGUGACGGGCCAGGCCGCGCUGCUGCAGACGGGCCGACUGCUGGGGCAACACACCCACUCCUGCUCCAACCCCUACGUCGUGCUGUGCAUAGAGAACACAUACGUGGGCAACACACAUCUGAGGAGGACCUGAGUUAACAGAGGACACACACACACACAAACACACACGUUAACACAUGAAGAAUUACACAUGCAGGCAUGCUGAUAGUAGAAAAUGUGAACACUGUGCACAUGAAUGGGAAAAACACGCAGGCACAUACACACAUAAUGAUGAUAUAGACAUGACUCUCGAGUACGGAUGAAAAACACGAUAUUUCCCCAAUUUGUUCUUUUCUUUUCUUAAUUGUUGAAUCACGCUCAUAUUGAAAAUAUAAAAAAAUGAAUAAAUAAAAUGAAAUAGGGCACAUUUACCACAACGCUUUGCUCGCUACACAAAUAAACACAGUACCCAGGUAACAUUGAAGGCUUGACCCAUGAUCGCAGUGUGGCGCCCCCUGCAGACCCGCCAACAGCUUUGUUUACACUCCUUUAUCUAUGAUUGUUGUCGGUUUCGGGAUAUUUCAAAUAUUUUUCUCAAGUUUUCUGCUGCUUGUGAACUGAACUAGUCUCAACAUUAACAUCUGUGCUUUAGCGUUAGCAUUAGAGUUGAAAUCAAUGUGUGAAUUUCAUUAAUUUAUACUGUAGCGGGACAUAGUGUGAAAAAUCUAGUAAAGUUCAGAUCUUGAAGAUGUUGUAACAUGUAUAUAUAAAUAUAUAUAUAUAUAUAUAUAUAUAUAUGUAUUUGUGUUGUUGUUGACAAAUGUUUUACUUUCUUACUCUGUAGAGGUAGAUGUAGAAGGUUUUUCGCUCACUGUGCUUCGACUGAGACGUAGUUGCAGUCUCGUGCCUGUAAAGAUGACGUAGGCCUGGUUUUCAUGGAAGUGUUUGUUUUGCUGAUCUGUGACUAUGAAGUUUCUGUUCAUACUAAACUUGAGGGGACAUUUGUACUGACUGACUGGUGCUCGCAGAAAAUAAAAUGUCCUAUUUUGUGUUUUUUAAGAGGUGCCUCCAUGUGCUUUUUCAGACACACGUGUGUCCAGGGCAUUAGCUGGAGGGUGCGUCCCUCAGCUUCUGUAGAAAAGAGCGCCUCAUUGUGGCACCUCCUCAGAAUAUUUUCUGUUUAAUCUUAUCACACUGAUUAUUUAGUUUGUGGGAGGUGAAGGUGCAAUACUGAUGAUCUUGUCUUGUUUUAGUGGAUUUAACUUUUCCAACUUUUUUUUCCUACGUUUUUUCAAAUAAAUUAGAGUCAUUAAGUCCAUACAGACAAUAUUUGAAUGUUGCGAAGAUUAGCUACUGGGCCGACCAGACCAGUGAGGCUGUGGCAGUAAAACCUGUGCAGUAAAGAGAGUAUGGAUACGUUUUAUUGCUUAUGGAUUCAAUGCUUGA